UACGCUCUUUGUUUACAGCAGACGAAAAGUGGAAGGCAACGUUUCCUUACACGAGCAAUCGCUCCUCAGCGGUUUUAUCAACCAAUUCUAAACGUUACACGUUCAGGUCUUUUUUUAUCUUUGUAUCGGAUAUCUGAAAUCAGCAGUCAUGGUGGCUAUGACGAAGAGAGUUAAAACCUUCCAGAUUGUGUUUACGGACCCCAGCAAGACUUUCUACUGCGGCGGGGAUAAGGUGUCCGGCAGGGUGGAAGUGGAGGUGAACGAGGCGACGCGUGUGUCCGCAGUGAGGGUUCUGGGUCUGGGCUGCGCCAAAGUGGAGUACGCUAAAGGCAAGCAGCGGUGCCGACAGGAGGCCGAGUACCUCCGAUACGAGGAGGUGCUGCGACUGGACGAGCAGCCCACAGACUCUGAUGGGUCAGUCGUCUUGAGGCCUGGCAACAAAUAUGAAUACACUUUUGGAUUUGAGCUCCCGCAGCAAGGGCAGUUGGUGUCGUCAUACAAGGGGAAGUUCGGCUAUGUCCAUUACAAUGUGAAGGCUAUGCUGGAGAGGCCGCAGCAGCCCACCCUCGAGUGCAAGAAACCCUUCGAGGUGGAGGAGCCCCUGGAUGUCAACACCCCAGACCUUCUGUCUCCCACAGGCGGCAUGAAGGAGAAGAAAGUCACCUGCAUGUUCAUCCCCGACGGCCAGGUAUCGCUGAAUGCGAAAAUCGACCGCCGCGGCUUCUGCGAAGGCGAAGACAUCUGCAUCAAUGCAAAGUUUGAGAAUACCUGCUCCCGCAUUGUGGUGCCCAAGGCCGCCAUCAUCGCAAAACACACCUAUCAGGCCAACGGGCGCACCAAGGUCUUCCGCCAGAAACUGUCCUCAGUGCGUGGGAACCAUAUUAUCUCUGGCAUGUGCGACGCCUGGCAGGGAAAGAGCAUCAGGGUGCCAAAGAUCAAACCAUCCAUGCUGGGCUGUAACAUCAUCCGCGUGGAAUACGCUCUGAUGAUUUACAUCCACAUUCCUGGAAGCGAGAAACUGGUCCUGGAGCUGCCUCUGGUCAUCGGGACUGCUGGUCUGGGCAGCCGCAGCAACAGUGUGAGCAGCCAGGAGGGUUCAGUCAGCAACGCCUCCCAGAGCUGGGUGUCCCUCAGGAUGCCCUCCGAGCCUCCCAGCUACUGUGACAUCACCCGCGACUGCCGCCUGGACCAGCCCCUCACACCGCUCCUGGACGACUUUGAUGGCGAUGACAGCCCAAUCUUCAUGAACGUCCCAGCCUUCCAGUUCCCGCCACCUCCUGCAUACACUGAGACUGAGGAGGAGUACAACGGCAACGCCCGCAUGCUGCCGGUCUGCUGAAGUCCAGCUUCUAGAAGUGUGGUCCAGCUCUCAGGGACCAUUUGUUUAAGGCACUUAAAAAAGGAGCAGAAGGUCCAAACUCCAGAGAUGUGUUGGAUGGAGAAGUAAAGCCAGGACUGUGGAGAUGGACAGAAAAGAGCUUUCCUGUUCUGUCACUGUGCUUCAUCACCUGCUCUGAUCCUGAGUCUUCCUCCCGGUGCUCUUCAGGUCGCGGACCUGGAGGUCGAGCCACAGAGCCUGUGGUGCGACACAUUUCCGAAUGAGCUGUCCCAAACUGUCAGGGUCUCACUGUCCAUUCACAGCCACUUUAUAUGACUUUUAUUGGGGCCAAGCAUUGUACGAGUCAGCCCCCCAGGCCUGCUUUGACAUCUUAGCUUUUUUGGGGUUCGUCUAUUCCUCAUGAUGCUGUGUCAUUCCAGUCAAACCCUGUUAUUUUAAAGGGAAUUCACUAGAGGAAUCAUCCAUUUAGUCCGCUUUAUGUUGCUAUAAGUCGUCAGGAAUGUGGUUGCCUUUGAGAAUUACAGCAUGUACAAUAACCUUCCUUCGAUGCUAACAGAACCUUGUGCAGCAUCCAGAUUUUCUUAUGUACCAGUGUUUGAGAAGAAUGUGUUUUAUUCCUUGGUUUUAUUGCACUUUUUCAUUGAUGCAUUUUGCUCUAGUACUGCCUACAAGAGUUUCUGUUUCUGUUUUGUUAGAACAACGUUUUGCGAUGAGUGACUUUUCUGUUGGUGAAACACUCCGAACACGUUGGAACCUCACAUUGGAUUUCCGAUUCCCACUUUUGAGUGAUUGGCAGAAAUAAGGGCCAAACACGAUCCAUACACUCUGAUAUAAUGGCACGCACCUUAUGUGAGGAUAAUCAUUGUGUCUGAUCUGAUGACAUUUCACUGUGAGAGCUCCACUGCGGCAGUUCCACAAUUUCUGUUCUUUCAGGGCGCAAAGAAAAUCACUGUUAAAGACUGAUUUGUGAGUGUGUUUGCAUUGCAUCUUUGAUACUUGUAAUGAGUAUUUUUUUUUGUAUGAAACCCUAUGGGUUGUUUUUUAUUAAAGAAAUGUUGAAAAUA